AUCUACAAGACUUCAUCAAGAAAUAACUUCAUUAAAAUGGCUUUGAAAAGUAGUAAGUCCGAAACAAAUAUUUGCAAAAUAUUGGACGAUUCACGGGAUUCUAUUUUGAACAUUCACCGACGUGAGACAGAGAAGUUGAACAAAGUGAUUAUCAAGAAGAACAAAACAAUAAAAGAACUUGAAUCGAAACUUACUCAAGCAAAGAAAUCCACAACGCCAAAACUAGAAUCGGAAAGAAUUAAUAAAAACUAUGAAGCUGAAUUAAAGAAGUAUAAACAGGAAAUACAGCACAAAGACGAGGUUAUUAACAACUUGCAAGAACAAGUUCAAGGAUAUGAAAGACAAAUAAUAAAAUUGGAGAAGAACGCAGAAAGACAAUCGGAAGAUUACAAAUCAAUUCAAAAGUUAAAGGAUGAAAAUACGGCGCUGUUACAGAAGAAAAAUGUCAUUAUAGAACAGAUUCAACGUGAAAUCAAUGAUCAUAAAUACCAAUUAAAUGUAUACAAGAUGAAUGAAACCAAAAAUAGAGAAAAGAUUCAUUCGCAAACUGAGGAUAUUAAAAGAUUGGAGAUCAGUGUUGACGAGUAUCAAACAGACAUUGUGAGAUACAAAGAUGAAAUGGCUAAGAAAGACACAGUGAUUCGGGACACGCAAUUCGGAAUAUCAGAGAAUGAAAAGACUAUACAAAUUGCAAAUGACGAAAUAAAAAAACUCAACUUGAAUAUUGAAGAGCACAAGAAAAGUGUUGAUGAAUAUAAAUCAGACAUUGUGAGAUACAAAGAUGAAAUGGCUAAGAAAGACACAAUGAUUCAGAACACUCAACUCAGAAUAUCAGAGAAUGAAGAGACUAUACAAAAUGCAAAUGACGAAAUAACAAAACUCAACUUGAAUAUUGAACAGCACAAGAAAAGUGUUGAUGAAUAUAAAUCAGACAUUGUGAGAUACAAAGAUGAAAUGGCUAAGAAAGACACAAUGAUUCGGGACACCCAACUAAGAAUAUCAGAGAAUGAAAAGACUAUACAAAUUGCAAAUGACGAAAUAACAAAACUCAACUUGAAUAUUGAAGAGCACAAGAAAAGUGUUGAUGAAUAUAAAUCAGACAUUGUGAGAUACAAAGAUGAAAUGGCUAAGAAAGACUCAAUGAUUCGGGACACCCAACUAAGGUAUGUUUGGAUUAGGGGAAAGUUAUAG